AUUAAUUAUUGAUAUUCUAUAAAAAGUCCGCUCUUCCCAGCUAAUCUUUCCAACAUGGGGAAAAAGGAACUAUUUCAUUCAUAAAUGAUUUUUUUAUAUAAAAUUAGUCCCAAGAUUAGAAGCAGCGUGGUACACAAAAACUAGAUUUUCUGUAGAAAAAAUGCAUUUUAGCUUCAUAUGCAAAUCCGCUAUACAAACAAAUCGAAUAUCCAUCAAAAUAUCUAUCAAUUAUUAACAAUGAUGAAUUAAAUGGAAUUGAUUUUGCUUGCUCCGCAUGGGCCUAAAUAAAUGUGUCUCCGGAGCAUUCAUAAAUUCAUGGAAAAUCGCAUCGAAAGCGUAACGCUUACGUUGACCAUUAAGCGUUUCAUGCAACAAAUAUGGGUCAGUUCAUUGGCUUGAAUUCUGGUCACUUUUAAUUACUAUAAAUACUUGAAUUAAACUGUAACCCGAUAUCAGUUUAGCCACUGUUGUUACACUCAUCAUUACUAACUCCUUUUUCAGUACAAUUAGUGUAAUUAUAAUUUAUCCUCAUCAUGAAGCAUUUCUUGUGUCUCAUUUUAUUCGGAGCCGUCCUCAUCCACGCCCAGGAGCAGACAGAACAAGCAGAACAACACGCAGCAGCCGCCUCCGAAAUCCAGGACAAUGAAGCUGCCGCAGCAGAAGAAUACAUGGCCCGUGUUCGAAAAUCAGCAACUGCAUCACCCUACCUGAAGCCAAAAAGCUGGGGUGCCCCCGCAUAUCCUGCUCCAGCAGCUCCGGCCUAUGCUCCUCCAGCAGCUCCAGCUUAUGCUCCUCCAGCCUACUCUGCCCCAGCCUAUCCUGCUCCAGCACUCACAUAUAGCGCCCCAGCCCCAGCCAUCCCUUGCUCCAGGGCCAUUGUCGUCGGUUGUGCCCCAACUGUCCAAGCAGCCCCAUGUUCAGCACCACCUGCAUCGUAUGCCGCUCCAGCGUAUUAAGGAUUAAGAGAUCGCAUAGUUGAAAUAAAUUUAUUUAAUUUUUAACACUUGAUGAGAAAAAUUGAAUAAAAGAUUAAUCCAACGAAGAAUUGAAGUUUUUGAUUUUUUAUCGGUGCCAAUCUAUCUAAGCUCCAUUUCAGAUAUAAUGUGUGUGUACUCGCCACCCCCGUCUAACGGAAUAUUCCGGAUCGCAGGGUUUCCGUUAGUGGAUGUGAUGCUACCCGUCGCAAUUGGAGAACAUCGGCAUCAAAAAUCUGAUGCCUGAUGCGUCCUUAGGCGGGGAGCAUUGACAUAGGA